AUGGCUUCCACCACGUCGGGAGAUGUUCUGCCAACCGGCUGCGGGAUCUUCACCAGCAUCCCUGACUUGUUCUUCAUCCCAGAGUUUGUUUUCGGCGGUCUGGUGUGGAUCCUGGUGGCGUCCACCCAUGUGUAUCCGGAACACCCGCUGGGCUGGGUCAUGUUCGUCUCAGUCUUCUGCUUUGUCUUCACCACGCUCUGGUUCUUCCUCUUCAUAUGCGGCGCCAAUCAGAACAGCUUUUGGCCGGCGUUGGACACGUACUACCAUUUCUUGGCGGUAGUUUUCUACCUGAGCGCGUCGGUGAUCCUGGCCUACAUCACUGUUCUUAAAGGUUGGGGCUUCACCAUCAACUCGGGGGGCACUGUGUCCAUUGUGCCCCUCAUCGGUGAAGGCCUAAAGAUCUAUAGACUGGACAUCGCUGCCGUGGUGAUGUCACACGUGGCCACUCUCCUCUACUUCCUGCACGCCAUCUUCUCCGCCAUCCGAUGGAAGAGAGCCUAA